GUUUACAUUUGAGCGAUAAUACAAAGCAUGGAGGAGGAACUCGAAAAGAGUUUAAAAAAGUAUGUGGCUCUCAUCAAUCAAUUUCACGAAGGUCAUUUGACAACGUUUGUUAACCGGAUUGUUCGAGAAUUAAACAAUCAAGAAAAAUUUCAACAUGACGAAAUGCUCAAACUGCAAAAAGUUUUUAAUUUAUCGCACCAGGAAUUGAAAGAUUUAGUUCACGCAUUUACUUCUUCAUUUAAAGUAAUAGCCUUCUAUGGAACGAAGCCUGUUCAUUUGCAAUCUUGUUUAGAGAGAUUAGGAAUAAACUCUGAAUUAUCACUGCUUAUUGCGAAAGCAUGGUCGGAUAAUUCUCGCCAGUUAAUUAGUGAAAUGAGAGAAAAGUCUUCUAAUGCCCCUCGUCUGAAAGAUAUAAGAUGGAAAACUGGUGUUACAGCUUCUAGUUCCUCCGCUUCUGAACAGAAUAUUGGUACAGGUCUACUAGAAUUAAAACUGGAGAAUAGUAAUACCGCUCAAAUAGAAUUCGAUAAGUCUAGUUUAAAGGAUUUUUACGAUCAACUCGAAAAGAUACAAGGAAGACUGGAUUUGUUACAAUGA